AUGACGUCGGAAACGCUGCCGUUUCCACUGGACGCGGACUUUUUCCCCCAACUCGUCCUCACUGUGGACGACCUCAUGCAGUACCGUCGCUCGAGCAAAGAGUGCGUAGCUCAGCUCGUGCGGGUCAUUGACGACGCCGAUUGCGUCUAUCGCUGGACGGACUUGAAAGCGUCGUCAAGCGGACGAUUAGUGCACAAGGCCCAGUUUGUAGCGAUCCAGCCUCGAAUGGGGCGCGUGUGCGAGCCCUCGUCGCGGCACGUCUCGACGCUCUUCAAGUGCAGUGUCCACAUGGUGGACGUCCAAGCAGACGAGAUCCUUCGAGCUCUUGCUCACGUCAAGACGCGAGAAGCUCGACGUGCACUGACUUACUUGCAUCGAGAGGAGUUCUCGUACCGAGCGAUCAAGUGGCGGAGGUUCUUUCGAGCCAAGCGACGAGAGGGACAGCAGCAGCAGCAGCAGCAGAAGAGUGUGGACUUUUGUUACCUGGAGUACGCAGGCAAGAAGAAGCAAAGCACGGCAAGUGCUCGGGACCAUGGACUGGUGGGCUAUUGUGUGCAACAAGCUAUUGCUCCAGACCGACAAGUGCCGACGUUGGAGAGGUACAAUGUCGAUCGGAAACAGGUCGCGCGGUCGGGGAUCUUGAUCACAAGGACGCAUCAGUCGAAUAUCCUCAAGGUCACGGCCAUUGCACAGGUUGAUGGUAGUGCUACGGGAUCUACUGCAGCAGGUUCUGACCUGUUGAUGGAGGAGGUUCUGGUGGAUUUCGUUGCGGCCGUGCAUCGGGUCAAAGGGUUGUUGGAACGCCAGCGGAUCGGGCGACUGCAGCACUUGGAUGAAUGGGAGUGGAUUGCGUCGAAAGACCGGAAAGCGUGUGCCGUGUGUCUGCAGCGGUUCUACUUCCAUCGGAAACAGCAUUGCGUGACGUGUGGCGAAGUCGUGUGCUCGAGCUGUGCCCCGUUACGUGAGCUGGAGCAGCCACUGAAGGAACAGAGCCACACAGUGCGUGUUUGUUCCUUGUGUAUGGCCCAAGCAGGUAGUCAUCAUGGCAGCAGCUUGCUAAGUGGCGUGACAGAAGGUGACCUAGGUUUGAUCGAGACGGCUUCAGCCACGACGAACGUCGGCACGGAGAGCUACGUCGAAGGGCUCCGGUAUCCAAAGCAUCCAGGUAUGCCGCAAUGUAGCACUGAAGAUCCGCGCCACCUCCGUGGAUCGUUAUCGCAAGCAACUUCAGUGCGUUCAUCCCUACGACAACGUCAACAGCCAUUGUCUAGUUGCAGCAGCACUCGAGCAAGUGCGACAUACGGUCGUGACGAAGGGAGUCGAAAUGGACACUACUAUCGAGCGUCGUCCGAACGUGUGAGCUCGGAGCGGCGAUCAGCUCUGUUCUCGACGCCUUUGUCGGCCAAAGCAAAGAAGAAGGCGCUCAAUAAGCUCGUGGAGCAUGCUCGUCAUAUUCGUGACACGAUUGACCAGGCAAUCUCCGAGGUAGAAGGCGAAGACAAACGUCCUGGUGAGUGGCUUGAGCGUAGCUAUAUCGGAUCUGACGAUGAUGAUGUUGAGCAGUAUGAUGAGAUCUACGAUCGCAUUAUGAAAAUCCGAGACACUUUGGACGUCUCGAGCUCCGAUCUCGAUGCGGUGCUGAGUUCCAUCGGCCACGAUGACCCCAUCCGUCCCUCUGACGCAAACUCUGAUCAAUGUGAUCGCGACUUGGUGUUUAGCUUCAGCGAAGCGACAGGCAGCGAGCAUCCAGGCAUCAAUGAAAGCUUCAACCUCCGCUCGUCGUGCUCAUCCUUGUCAGCAUCAAUGCAAUCACUGGACCACCAAGAUGCUGGGGAACCGCUGCCGUCAUCGACACCGGAGCAGGAAAGUGCCAUCGAAGAAGCUCGUGCACUCGAGGAAGCGAUGCAAUGGGUCCGUCAGUCGGAACCGAGUGCAAAUUUACGACGACCAUCUCGGAUCGCUCGGCCGAACGAGGUUGGAGUCCAGGUUGAGCUAGAGACGUUGGCAUCAGCAUCAGCACUACUGCCGACUUCAGUUGAUCGUGCAAGUAGCAAUCGUGGGAUUGAACGACUUGCUCAAAAGAUCGGGCGUCUCCAUGAACGCUUUGAAGCCACGCAGCGUGAACAUGAUGCAAGCAGCAACAUUGGCUCGACACCUACUACUGGAGCUCUUGUUCCCGUCACGCCAACCUUUGUAGACGAACCCAUUGUCGUCGAUGAGCGAGGUGAACACUGGGAGAACAGCGAGCUGGGCGCUGACAAGCGCUCGAUACAGCAUCGACCUGUUCAGCCGUCAGCUUUAACACCAUCUCGCGGGCGUGCGGCAACAAUGAAGCAGGUGGGCUGA